CCCUCCCAGAGUGAUAUCCCACAAUGCUUCAGUGAACAUGAACAUUGUAAUCAAUACUGCACGUAUCUGAAAGCUUUAGGUAAAUUGGCAUAUGAAACUUUAUUCAGUGAAACAAAGGAGAACACUCUUGUUUUUUACAAGGCAGUUGCAGAGAAGUAUCUCUCACCAAAUGAUUUGAAAUUAAGUCUAAACUCGGGAAUAUUAACACAAAGUACAGGAAAGACACUACUCAAACAAAUUACUAAAGUUUCGUUUUCGCACAAAACAAUACAAGAAUUUUUGUGUGCAUUGUACAUUAGCUGCCAAGAUGAAAAUGAUGUCAAAAACAUUGUUCUAAACAAAUGCAAAAGUUUGCAAAGUAUUCUUGACAUGUCGACAGUGCUUGUUUUCAUCAGCGGAAUGGUGAAUGCAGAAAUCAUUUCUUCAAUAUCACAGGAAUUUCUUUCUGUUAUCAGUGAAGAUUACAGAACGAGCGAAUACAGAUCCACGACUGAUUGCGACUGUGACCCUCUGGAAGACAUACAAGGCAUGUACAUUUCUUGUAUGAAAGAAAACACGAGCGAUAAGGAACUCAAACUUUUCUGUCAAGACUUUUUCUUUAGAGGAGAUUGUGAAGAAGAAAAAUACUUUUCAUAUUUAGCACGGCUCGCGGUACAAAAUAAAAAUAACAUGGCGUCAAUAAAUAUCAACACAAACAGUGGUCGUAGUUUACGUGAAAUUAUUGAUUGUUGUGAAUUGCACGAACUGUUCCAGAUCAAUAAAAUAUUCUACUACGGUAAAGGAGAAAACGCACAGCUUCCUGUACUGUUGGACAAGUCGUCGAAAUGUGUCACUGUUAAAUCGUCUGGUCUACGUGGUUCUUGGAGCCGUGAAAUGUUGGAAACAUUACAGAAUAAUUUUCUGUUACAAGCAAUUCAUAUCUACAAUUUCAAGAUGAGCCACGAUGUACUGAAUGAUUUUCUGAAUUAUAUUAUAAACAGAAAAACAAUGACGGAGAUUAUAUUGUGGCACUUAGACUGUACCAAGCACGAGCUUUCGUGUACUUUCAGUUUAGAUUUUAGUCAGCAUUCAGAUCUAAGGAAGUUAGAAUUGUACUUUAUACCUGAAGUGUCACAAUUGAAAGUUAAUAGUCAAGUGAAACACGUGGAGUUGGGGGAUAUCAAUUUAGGUGAAAGGUCGCUGCCUCCUGAAAUGGCGAAUAUUGAAAGUGUUUAUUUGUAUAAGGUAAACAUGUCUGCUUCAACAUUGCGUGAUCUCGUUAAGGUAGUGGAGAAACUUUCACACAAAGUCACAGUAACAAUAGACGGGAGCUGUAAGAUAGAACCGGAAACAGAGUUUGAACACGUUAAACAAUAUAUACACUCAUCUCAGAAUUUCCGAGUUACGAAGUAUUGGUGGAAGUUUGUGUUUGAAACAAAAGUUGAAAGUUAAGUUACUAAAUAAACUCAGACUCAAAGUGUAAACAUUUUGUAAACAUUCCAUUUAAAAUAUAUUACACACAGUUAGACAUAUGACAUAUAUUUGUGUAUAUAAAUACACGUGUGUUAAAAUAGUGACAACAAAAUUUUUGGAAAUGGGGGAAAAAAAUGGAUGUUCCUAUAUACGAGGAUUAAUACACAAGUCCAGUUUUCCUCUAUACUUCAGUUAAAUGAUCGACGCCAACACCCCAAAACCAUAGACGUACUUCCUGUAUCAAGGCUACGUAUACAUCACCAUAUUAUACGUGAAUUUACAAAUUGUCGCAAUGCUUCUAGAACUUCCGGUGGCUUGAAUACACACACCAUAACAUACUUGGCAUGACCUCUUGUUUCCGGCCAUUGGACAACAAAAACUUGCAGGAGUAUAACCGUAUUAUACCGAGAGGUCUGUGAGAAAAACUGCUUUCAAUUAUUACUUUUCAUUACCAGAGACAAAUCAUAUUGUUUUACUUAAAUUAGUUGGUAAAGAAAUGUCUUAUUUUUACUUGUCGCAAAUCGCUUUUGGAUUAAAGUUUUGUACAAAUGUGUGUACGUAAGUUAGUAUUAUGUGAAAGAGUUUCAAAUAGUCACGCGCACUGUCAGAAGUCAACAUUUUUUUUUAAAAAAGCUUGAUAAUUGCUAACAAUGUUUGUUAUUUUAGGACAUUUAGUUUUAAAAUGUCUGGAAAUGGCCGUUUUAUGGAAUACACAAUGUACAAUAAAAUUUGCUAUGUUUGACAUACCACGGCGAGGAAAAAUGAUUUUGUUUGAAUUGUUUAAAUAUUAAAUGUAUUUUGUUCUAAGAAACAAAUAUAUUGUGAGGCAUGUUUUUUAUGUCGUUUCCAAAAUAAGUAUUUGUUUGCAUAGUCCCUAGCCAUAUACAAAAACAUCUAAUAUUUUCAAGUUGGAGUCCUCUAAAAAGGGAUGUUAUAUGUACUCUCUGUAGAAAAUUAAUUGUUUCUGGCGGACGGCAUUCAUAAUUUCACAAGUAAGAACAUAUGACCGUUACAAUAUCAAUUAUGUAUAAACGAAGACCUUGUAGAGUACGUAGCGGACUUUUCAUAAUUUUGAUAAAAAAGUUAAAACUAGGAAUUAUUUUUAUGCCCCCGGCAUCUACUGAUGCGGGAGGCAUAUAGUGAUCGUCCUGUCCGUUCGUCCGUUUGUCCGUCCGUACGAGGUUAACCAAAUGGGACCGUUUCGUGUAGCAUCACUAGAAUGACUUGAUACUAAUGCAGAUGUAACCUGUGAACACUCCUCAUCUUCAGACAUCCCCUGACCUCAGUUUGCAGGCCUUUUUUUCAUCAAUUUGGGAAUGCCACCGGCACCGGUGGAAUUGGGAAAAUGCUCUCGGAAAUUGUCUUAAUUGGGGCAAUUUGCAAAUUACCAAAAUCUACAUUUAUAAAUGUGUUUUUGUGUGAAAUAUUAAUGAAUUGCAUUUCAGUAAUUGUUCAACAGUAUUAUAAUUUACCUAAAUAUACAUACAAAUCAGCAAAACUAUCUUAAAACAGCAAAAACCCUAAAAGGUAUAAUCAUUUGGGAAUUUUAAAUUCAACUUUGGGAAAAAAACAUACUUUUUUGCAUUGGGAUUACCUCCUUUUACAGGAGGUAGAUUUAUAGUGGAAAAAAGCCCUGGUUUGACCUUGACCUUGACCUCAUUUUGGACUUAGGUUGCUUUAUAUGGGCCAUCUCUUGGUUAACCAAAUGCGACCGUUUCGUCUAGCAUCAAUGCCGCUUACAACAAUGAAUUGAUACUAAUACAGAUGUAACCUGUGACCAUUCCUCAUCUUCGAAUAUAACCUGACCUCAUUUUGACCUUGUCCUCAUUUUGGACUUAGGUUGCUUUAUAUGGGCCAUCUCUUGGCACCGUUUCAUCUAGCAUUAUUAAUACCGCUUUCAACAAUGAAUUGAUACUAGUACAUAUUAAACCUGUGACCAUUCCUCAUCUUCAAACAUUACCUGACCUCAGUGUGACCUUGACCUCGUUUUGGACUUAGGUUGGUUUGUAUCGACAAGGAUGCCACCGGGGGCAUCAAGCGUUUAUUGAACGCAGCUCCUUGAUGUUUCAUAUGAUUGUGAAAAAAGUCUGAUUUGAUUUGAUUUGAUUAAACAAUAGAUGAAAACUUCCCUACGUGAAGAAUACUUGUAUGGUUAAAUUAUUGGAGUUACUUACUGAAUGGAAUGCUAAUUUUAUAUCUCUAAUUAAAAUUGUUUAAAGUUUCACUUAGUACAUGUAUUUCUACAUUUAAAUGAAUAGAUGUUGCAACAAAAAAAAAUACAUUUUCACCAACAAAAGUUGGAUUUACUAGAAAAAGGGACUACGGACUAUAUGAUAAACAGGACUUGGGUAUUAUCAGCUUACAUAUAUUAUUGUAACAUUAUAUAUACUAGUAGGUCUAUUUUUAAGGAAGAUAUUUGUUUGCUAUGUGAAUUAUAGCAGUUGCCUUGUGUAUAUACAGUUGAUAGACUAUGGUAGAUAUAUUGUCUGAAGUUAUAGCUAUUUUGUAUUAUAUAUGAACUUUUUUGAGUUUUACUAGUUAUUUUUAUUGUUUGUUUAUGAGAAGAAUACAUAUUAAUAGUAUAUAACUGUGGUUUUGA